GGUCAUUUGUACGCUGCUCGCCGAUCCGUUCGUAUUCGAUAGGCGCUUUGCUUUGACAAUGCCGAUUUCCUUAAACACUGUCGUUAUUUCCAACUUUAAGUCGUUCUUCGACGAGACGGUAAUCGGUCCGAUUGAGCCGUUUACGGCAAUAAUCGGACCAAAUGGAUGCGGAAAAUCAAAUAUUGUUGAUGCCAUAAGUUUUGCAUUAGGAGAGAAGCCACGCGCUUUGCGUGUUAAUUGCCUUAAUGAACUCGUUUAUUACGACCCUAUUGGAGAAUCAAGGAUGGAACGCGUUACCUAUGUAAAAGUGAUCUUCAAGGUAGACGAUAACAAAGAGAUCAGUUUCACAAGGACAAUACACGGCGAAACCAGUCAAUACAAAAUAGAUAACCAGAUUGUUACGAAUAUAUUUUAUAUGGCUACACUGAGAGAAAUGGGUUUGGACAUAAAGGCAGGAAACUUUUUGAUACCUCAGGGUUACAUCGAAAAUUUCGCAUUGGACAUGCUGAAAAAUAUGACUGCAAUGUUUGAGCAGACUAGUAAUUCAAUUGAGUACAAAGCAGAUUAUGAAAGAUUAAAAUUAGAACAUUCGAAAGCGCUAGAAGAAGUACAUUUUGAAUAUAAAAUGAAAAGACAAAUAUUAAAUCAAAAGAAACACGCCAAUGUGGAAAAAACAGAAACAGAAAGAUAUUUGCAGCUGAACGAACAAUAUAAUAAAAAAAAAUUAAAAUUUCAAUUAAUUCAAUUGCUUCUUAUUAAGAAAAGAAUUGAAUUCUUACAAAAUAAGGAAAAAGAAAUGAAAUUGCAAACAGAUAAGCAUCUAGACGAUAAGAUGACUGCGAUAAUGUUAAUGGAACGUACAAAAUCAAAAUUUAAUUUAUUAUUCGCUCCUCUUGAAAAUGUUGAACAAGAUAUCCUGAAAAUGGAAAACAUUAUUCAACAGAAGAAGACAGAACACAAUGUAUUUGAGGAGGACAUCUCACAUUGGCAAAAGGAACGUGAUUGCGCUCGCGUAUCUUUAAAUAGUGCAAAUAAAGCACGUGACACUAAACAGAGAAACAUUCAAGAAUUAACAGAUGAAUUAAAACGAAUAGAUAACAUAUUAACGGAGUUGAGAAAAGCGUCACAGACGAGCACUAUAGAACUUAGCAACUCUCAGGUUAAACGUUACAUGGAAUUGACGAACGAAGUUGAACGUCGUACAGAGGAUUAUAUAAAGCAAAUAAAUAGCUUGAUGCACAAACAACAAGAGGAUCACUAUAAACUUGAUAACGAAAAUAGACGUAAGCAAGAAUUGGAAGACAAAGUAAAACAGAUAAAAUUAACUAAGGAGAGUCGCGAAGCGCGACUCAAAAAACUGCAAGAUUUAAUUGUCAAAUCCGAAGCAACUUUACCAGAAAAAACAGCAAAAAUAAAGAAACUAAAUAAAAAAAUUCUUGAAACAAGGAAUAAAUUGUUAAGUCUAGAGAACGAUAUUGCAAAGAUUACAGAGGAGCUUUCCGAUAUUGAUGACAAUACUGUUUCGCGAUGGACUAAAAAACAUGAAACGAUCAAUAAGUUGAAACAGAUCAAUUCUGGCGUGUAUGGUCGUUUAUCUGAUUUGUGCAAGCCUAUUCAUUCACGUUAUAAUGUUGCAAUAACUAAAGUUUUUGGUAAAAAUAUGGAUGCCAUCGUCGUUGAUACCGAAGAUACAGCAACUCAGUGCAUUCAAUAUUUAAAACAGCGUAAAAUAGGCAUUGAAACAUUUUUACCACUUGAAUCAAUAAAAAAGAGAGUUUUAAAAGAACAAUUACGUGCUAUAAAAGAGCCGAAGAAUGUUAAAUUAUUAUAUGAUGUGUUGGACAUUUCAACAGCAGAAAUAAAUACCGCGGUUUUAUUUGUCACUAAGAAUACUUUAGUUUGCGAAACUAUUGAAGAUGCAAUGACAAUAGCAUACAACGAGGAUAAACUAAAAGCAUAUGAUUGUGUUACAUUGGAUGGAUGUUUGUUUCGUAAAAAAGGUCCAAUGUCCGGUGGACAGACUGAUUUAAUUGUAAAAGCGAAACAAUGGAACGAACAACAAGUAGUUACAUUGAAGGAACAGAAGGCACAAUUAAUGCAAGAACUCAGAAAUUUGCCCAACAUUUCUUUCAUGCAGUCUGAACUUGAAUUAUUUAAUGUAGAAGUUAAAGGGUUUGCAAACCAAAAUAAAUAUAUCGGGAUAGAUAUGGAAGAAAUUAAAAAUGAAAUUGUUAUGAUGAAUAAAGAAUUAGACGAGCUCCGCGAUAGAUUAAUUGUAUCAAAUACGAUAAUAACUGAAAUUCAAGGCAAUAUGCAAGAAAGAAGUGAGAAAGUUACAAGCGUAGAGAGAAAUGUUAAUGCAAUUAAAAAUAAUAUCUUUGUUGAUUUUUGUAAUGAUAUUAAUGUACCGGAUAUUAGCUACUAUGAGAAGAAUAAUUUGCGAUUUUAUCAAGAGCAGAAAACGAGGCAAAUGGAUCUUGAACAACAACAUGAUCGUAUCGAGAAUCAGUUGCGCUUGGAAAAUGAAAACGAUACAGAAAGUAAAGUACUGAAAUGGGAACAAGCUGUAAAACGAGCUGAUGCAGAAUUGACUAAGGCGUAUCAGCAAGAUCGUAAUGCAAAGAGUGAGAUUGAGCUAGAAGAAACAAAAAUGUUGACGUUAAAGGACAGAUAUACAAACGUAAAAAAGGAUUUAGAGAAUUUGGAAGGAGAAUUGUCUGAGCGCAGAUUGCAAAUUAACUUUUUCGAAAAAUUAUAUCUGGAAAGUCGAAAGGCGCAUAUUGCUCUACAGAAAAAAAUAGAAACAAAAAUUAUAGAAUGUAACACUAUACUUAAAGAAUGCAAGAUGGAAGAUAUUGUUGUUCCAAUGUUAGAGACGUCUCGUAGGUCAGGAGGAAACAAUUUUACAAGUAGCUCAAGUUCGAACGCGGAAUCAUUAGAAGACUGUAAAGUGUUAACAAAAAUUAAUUUCUCCCAAUUUCCUAAGGACAUUCUCAAUUCUACAGAAGAAGAGUUACAAAAUAUGGCUAAACAACUUGAUGAAAAGCUUACAAAGAUUCAGGAUGAAUUUAAUGAAGUGAAACCCAAUCUUAAGGUUCAUGAAAAGAUCGAUUCGAUAGCACAGGAAAUACAGAAAAUAAAUACGAACUUUCAAAACUGCCGUAAAAAAUGUAAUGAAAUACAAACGCAAUUUGAGUUAGUGAAGGCAAAAAGAUACAAGCUGUUUUCAGAUUGCCUGGAACACGUUGCUGCGGAAAUAGAUUCUAUAUACAAAAAUUUAGUUAAUGACACGUCGGCUCAAGCAUUCAUCUUAUCAGACAAUCUCGAGGAACCGUACUUAGGCAAUAUAAUUUACAAUUGCAUAGCGCCGUCUAAAGGCUUUCUGCCAUUGCAGUGUCUAUCUGGCGGAGAAACGUCACUCGCUGGUCUGGCAUUACUAUUUGCAAUUCAGCGUUACAAGAAAAUACCGUUUCUCAUUCUGGAUGAAGGUGAUGCGGCAUUGGACAAGGCGAAUAUUAAGAAUGUCGUCCGCUUUAUCAAGUCCCAAGAAAACACUACACAAUGUAUCAUGAUAUCCUUACACAAGGAAUUAUAUUGUUAUGCUAAGGGACUUAUAGGGGUUACUGCUAAACGUGACCGUUACCCCAUCAUGAGUAAAGUAUUUUCCAUUUCAUUAAAAAAAUAUCGUGAAGUGCAGUAAUAAAAGUAUGCAAUAAUGAAAAAUUC